AAGAUUACCUAACAACAUCAUGGGUUUGAAACAUUCUAUCAUGUUUCUUCUGAUUGCUGCAAUGGCUAUUCCACAAACCAAAGCUCAGUUAGGGUUUCUCAGUGGUCUUCUUGGUUCCGUAAGUAACAUUCAAGGGACUGUGUUUUGCACUUCCAAGGAUAAUGUGUCUGUCAAAGCUCCUUCAAACCCUGUUUUUCCAGAUGCUGAAGUGCAACUAGUUUGUGGAGAAAAGGAGUUUUCAAAAGCUACAACUAAUGCUGAUGGAAAGUUUUCUAUUACGAUGGAUCCAUUGCUGUUAGAUAUUUCUUCAUUGCUGAAUGGUUGCAACUUAGUGGUUGACACUCCUCUCUCCAAUUGCAACACAAAGCUUCCUUCUUCAGGGACACUCAUUUCAAACCUAAGCAUUGUUGCAACUCCAACUAUUGCUAAGAUUAUUCCCUCCGGAUUUCACUAUGUGCCCUCCACUUAAUAAUUAUGACUAAAUUAUUAAAUGUAUACCAUGACAAUUAAGUACUUUUAAUUAAAUAAAGUCAUGUUAUGUCUCA